UUCUCUCUACUACUCUCUAUCUCUAUAUUCCAAGAUCCUCUCCAAUCCCCUGAAGUCACUUGAUACUGAUAGCAGCACCUGCCUCCUCGCUCAUCCUACGUGAGAAGAGGCAGCACUCAGCGAGGACUUCUUCACCCACUAUGGCUGGCACCAUGGCCGACGACGAACUCUUCACAAGGGCCAUCUCUGGGUAUCGGGACGCUUUCUUGGAUCGACACUCCCAUCUUCCGGAAUCAGAGCGAAACGAACUUUGGAGUCAGCGGUUAAGUCAGUUCAUGACCACCACGGCCUCUUCUUCCAUAUCCUCUGUCGCCUCGUCCAGUUACCGCCCGGUUCCCGGUUCUGGUCUUCCUGAAGAUGGCGGCGCGGCUCUCGAGAAAUCUGGGAAACGGUUACGACAGGAUACCCCCCGGACCCUACCUGGUUCUGGUCUUCCUCCACCGAAACGACGAGUCACCACUCCGGAACCUCCAGUGACCGUUGAUCUGACGCGCGAACUGUCUCAUGCGUCUUCGCCGGCGGCUCCUGAGACUACUCGACGCCUCUCAAGAACGAAUUCUCGGAAAGGCAGCUCGGUCUCUUACUCUGGUCCUGGGCCCUCCUCCCGGCACACGGCUAUGGUCCGCUCGCAGAGUCAGCAGAUACCGGUUGCUCACCGUCCGUCGCUGACAACCCCUGCAACGGGCUUUCGACACUCCUAUGGACCCCAGCGUGUGCAGCGCCGCCUUGACCAUGUCAGCGAGUACACGCCCUCCGAAUACGCCAAACAGUACUUGGAUGAUUUCCAGGGCCAGGGACACGUCUCGGCACUUUCUAUGGCGCUUUCUGCGGAUUCGACGAUGUCCGGACUUCGGCAAGAACCCCAGUUAAAUCAGGGCCAGCCUGACCUGAUGGCGACGAACUUCACAGCCAUGUCCAACCCCACCAUGGUCGAGCAGCCGGUCCAGCCGGCUGCCGUGGAAAUGAGCAGGAGUACCACUACGGACUCGCUGUGCGGAGGUUUGGGAAUGAUGAGAUUCGAUUCCUCGGGACCGAAUCUGGACUCCAAUUUCUCAUUUUCCGUCCCCUCUGAAUUCGUCACCUCCACCUCCCCCAUGAACGUCCCCUUCCCUGCUUCUUUCUCAUCUAUGCACCGACACCCAAACCCCGAAGUCCCCCUCCCCUUCACUGAGCCCUCUGGCUCGAUGUCAUUUUCUUGCUCCGCUCCAUCCUCCACAUCCUUCCAUCCACCCAUUCCUACACUUUCUCCGUCCACUGCGACGGAGAUGAGGCCUUCUAUGUCUGUCGAGAGCGACAGCUCGUCUCUCUCCCAGCCAUCGAGGGCGGCUCGCAGGACCCAAGAACAGAUCGUUCAGGGUACUCGACCCAUUGCUCCUAAAGCCGAGCCACACAGCAGCUCGCCCCCCAAGGUGGCUGAGCAGCACAAGAUGAUUCGCAUUUCAUCAUCGGAUGGUACUGCCAAAGAGGUUGCAGCCAUUCCCAAGGCCUCGAUACAACGGCCCCCACGUCCGAAGACGUAUUGUAACAUGUGCAACGACCAGCCGGAUGGCUUUCAUGGAGAGCACGAGCUGCGUCGACACAUUGAGCGGGUCCAUGCCGUUGUUCGCAAGGUUUGGGUUUGUGUUGACAUCUCUCCUGGCAAGACAUUCCUGGCCAACUGCAAGGCUUGUCGGAAUGGCAAAAGAUACGGUGCUAACUACAACGCUGCCGCUCAUCUUCGUCGCACCCACUUCAACCCGUGCCAAAGAGGCCGUGGUGGUCGUGGCAAAGACAGCGAGAAGCGCGGCGGCAAGGGCGGUGGAAAUCAUCCUCCCAUGGAUGUCCUGAAGCAUUGGAUGGUGCAGAAAGAGGAGAUCGUCCUCGAAAAUGCCCAGAACUAUAUUGACCAGGAUGCGCUAGGCGAUGACAUGGCGGCUGCUCCGCCUGCGGCCUCCGAGGACAUUGCGUUCUCUGGAUUGCCACAGACGUCGGUCGAAGAUAUCUCUUCUCAGGGUAUGGACUCGACAUUAGUGAACGGAUUUGAGUCCUUCACUGCGAUGCCGACGAUGGUCAUGGACCCAUCGAUGGAUGCUGCUCCUUGUUACUUCGAUUCUCAGACGUUACCACCUGAGAUCGAUUCGUAUGUGUGAUUGUAUAAACCUCAGCCCAGCGGUUGGUCGCUUUCUCAUUUACCUCCCCU